UCUGAUCUGUCAUUUUCUGUCUUGUGUGUCCUGGUUACUUUCACAUCACCAAGGGUUUAAUUACUGCUGAGCAAACCACACAGAUGCCUCAUGGGGGACUAGACAGAGAGACGAGGCCGAGUACAAUCAGGUGAGACAGAGCGCAAAAGGAAACAGGAGGUUGCCAGCGAGCCAAGCUCAGACACGUAUAGCUACAGAAUAUUAAGAUAGAAACUUGAGUGGUUAAGUGUGCUCGCAGAAGAGGGGAGGAAGACACUCUGCCAGGAUGAGAUCUGAACCAACAUGAGAGGAAGUAUGAGCUGUGUGAGGGGAAGCACCUGGGUAGGAGCUGGGCAUCAAAGUGUGCUCUGAUCAAAGGGGUGUGCAGUGGAUUUUACCAUCUUCUGUUAAAGAUUCAUCUACAAGUCGCAUCUUGCCAUCACUGAGUUCCCAAGCCAACUCCAUCCACUCACCCUCCCUCCCACCAUGAAAGGGGAUGUUGUCCCAGCUCCCCAGCAGGGGGACCCAGCUGCUGCAGCACCAGGCCCCAGCACCACCCCUGGGGAGCCCAUGGAUGUGGAGUGUCCCAUCUGCUACCAGGAGUACAACCAGUACAAUAAAUGCCCCCGGAUGCUGGAGUGUCUCCACGUUUUUUGCACUGAAUGCCUCCAGAGGAUCCAGAUCUGCCCCUGCGAGCCCCCCGACCCCCGCAGCACACCAGCCAUCCCCUGCCCCCUCUGCCGCCACCUCACUCCUCUGGAGACUGGGGAUGCCCUCUCCUUACCCCGCAACUCCCGCAUCCUGGCCAGGCUGCCCCCCGUGACCUUCCGCCUGCCUGUGACCAUGGCCACUCGCCUGGCCACGGUCACCCAGAGAGUGGUGCUCUCCCUGGAGGGCGACAGCAGGGACACCCGCUUCAUCAUCCUGCCCACCGUCAGCCUGCGGGUGCAGCAGAUGCACCCGGACAGGGCGUACGGCACGGCGCCAGGCCUGGUGGGUGAAGAGGAAGUCAUACAACAGAGCAAGAAGACGCUGUUCUGUGUACAGCUGCUGGCUGUCAUCUUCUGGGUGCUGUUUAUGAUUACCUGCGUGGUCGGGCUGGUGUUUGGGCCACAUUUCUUGAACAGGAAAUUUUAAUAGGAAACGGGAUUUAUCUCCUUUUUAUAGCUAGAUAGAUAUAGUUAUUCAUACAAAGUCAUGAUAUACUCUACAGGAAAGCAAUGUAAAAAGUAGGUUGACACAUAACAUUUUAGAGAAUAUAAAACACAAAGUGUUUUUCAGUUAUAUUUUUAUGAAGGUAUUUUUUGACCACUGUGGUUGCUAUUCACCCUGCAGUUAUGGGAAUAACUCAUAUUCUACUUUCAUUUAUAGAAUACCACCACUUACACCAAUCCUUAUGCACUGUACUGCAUUUUUGUUGCCGUUUCAUGAACAGUAGACUGAUGAAGAGUUCCCUCUAGUGGUUUAUUUUGAAAUGGAUGGCUCACAACUGUAAAUAAAAGGAUUCAAAACUAAAUGUGCUUUCUUUUUCAUAAAGUUUUCUCUUAUGCAGCUGAUGACUGUCCUGCCAAUGCAUAAACUGAAUAAAGCUGGCUUACAUAACACA